AUGCAGUUCCUCAUUGUCGCCGCUUCUUUCCUCGCUGUUGCCACCGCCAUCCCGGCUUCCAACGGCAUCUCUGCCACCAACAUCCAGAGCGCUGCUGAUAUCAACAACAUCGCCUCUGCCUGGACCAAGGCCAAGGAAGAUGAUGGAUGCAGCUGGCUCGCUUGCAUCAGCUCCGUCGUUGGACAGAGCGCCACUUGCGCCGCUGCCGCUGCCGAGCUUGCUCUCAACCCCAUUGCCGAUGUUGCCUGUGUCGCAGGACUUGGCACCAUGACUGUUGCUUGCAAGCCUUGUGUCUAA